GAACUUGUUUUUUCGACCAUGGAGAAUGUGGUAAUAUUUGACUCACCUGGGAAAGGGAGAGGUUUGAAGGCUACCAAAGAGUUUUGGGCUGGAGACGUCAUUUUCUCUGAGGCCAGUCUUGCAGCUGUUGUCUUUGACAGUUUCGCAGACCGCAUCUGUCACAGCUGCUUCCGCAGACAAGAAAAGCUCCAGAGGUGCGGCCAGUGCAAAUUUGCUCAUUACUGUGACCGAACUUGCCAGCGUGCUGGCUGGGCUGAACACAAGCAAGAAUGCAGCGCCAUCAAAGCUUAUGGAAAAGUACCAAAUGAGAACAUCCGACUUGUUGCUCGCCUCCUAUGGCGCCUAAACAAGGAUGGGAGCAUGGUUUCUGACACACAGCUGACCACUCUCGAGGAACUGGAGGACCACAUUAAUGACAUGCAGGAAGAUGAACUAAAGGAGUUCAAAGUGGACAUCCACAACUUCCUGGACUACUGGCCCAGAACGAGCAAGCAGCACACGAUUGAUGUCAUCUCACACAUAUUUGGAGUGAUCAACUGUAAUGGCUUUAGUGUGAGUGACCAAAGGGGUCUACAGGCAGUAGGAGUCGGCCUUUUUCCAAAUUUAUGCCUGGUGAACCACGACUGCUGGCCAAACAGCACUGUGGUCCUCAACCACGGAAAGAUUGAGAUCCGCGCUCUGGGAAAGAUCGAAGAGGGAGAGGAGCUCACAGUCAGUUAUGUGGACUUCUUGAAUUUGUCAGAGGAGCGACAGAGGCUUCUGAAAACACAAUAUUUUUUCGACUGCACGUGUGAACACUGCAAGAACAAAAUCAAGGAUGAUCUGAAGAUGGGGGGAAGGGAAGUGGAUGGAGUCAAGCCUCCAGAGGAGCAGGUUAAAGAGGCCACAGACUAUUGUUUUGAAAUGAUGGAGAAGAUGGAAAAGGCCAGAUUAAAUGGUGACUACCAUGAGGUUGUGAAAAUUUGCAAUGAGUGCAUCGAGAGGACAGAACCAGUCUUAGCUGACUCUCACAUCUACCUGCUGAGGAUAUGGAGCACCAUGAGUGAAGUGAAAGCGUACCUGCAGUAUUUUGAUGAAGCUGCAGAUUAUGCCCGCAAAAUGGUGGAGGGAUACAUGAAGUUGUACCACCCAAACAAUGCUGCUCUUGGUAUGGCUGCCAUGAGAGCAGGAGUCACACAUUGGCAGGCUGGGCAGAUAGAGGUAGGACAUGGGAUGAUCUGCAAGGCCUACGCCAUCCUGAUGGUCACCCAUGGCCCCACACAUCCCAUCACCAAGGACCUUGAGGCAAUGCGUGUGCAGACAGAAAUGGAACUGAGGAUGUUCAAGCAGAAUGAAUACGUCUACCACAGCAUGAGAGAAGCGGCUCUGAAAAAUAAACCGAUGACCAUGAUGCAUGAACCCAAGUCUGUGGAGGAAGGGAUCAAGAACCUCUUCCACCGGCGGAAGUAG